GGGUGACGUCAUCGCGCAUCGCCCGUUUCCAUGGGAACCGGCGGAGGGAGCGGGACGGGCCACGACCCCCAAACCUCCGGGACUCUCGAUCCCGCCGGGACCCCCUCGCACACCCCGGCCUCACCAUGUUCACGGACCUGGCGGUGCCCGGCACCGACGUGCAGUCGCUGUGGAGGAGCGCCCGGAGCGCGCGCUGCGAGGCGAAAAGCUGCCAGACUGGGAGAAUUUCCACAGCAGAAGCUGCAGCACAGUCUCAUACAGGCCAGGACGCUGCAGUGCAGACGGAACAGGGCAAAGAUGCUCUCCAAGACUUCCAGCAAGAAGUCCAAGUAGAUUACACUGGCCUUCUGUCAUUCCUUCAGAGAGUGGAGAAUGCUGUUAUCAAAGAGCUAAAUAAAAACUCGGAAAGCCGUGCCUUUGAUGGCUUUGAAGUGACCUGGACAGAUCAGAAUGAAACAGUGUUGUGUUUGCAUACCUUGUCAUACCCAGAGGCUCGGGAUAAAAACCUGCAGGUCACCAGUGUCUCAUGGAAUGCCACGGGAUCUGUCAUCGCCUGUUCCUAUGGCCGGUUGGAUGAUGGGGACUGGAGCACGGAAAAAUCCUACGUUUGUACCUGGAAUCUGGACAGAAGAGGGUUGAAUCCACAGCACCCUGACCUGGUGAUGGAUGUUCCCAGCUCUGUCAUGUGCCUGGCUUUCCACCCCUCCCAGCCCUCACUGAUAGCUGGUGGCCUUUUCAGUGGGGAGCUGAUGGUGUGGGACACCAGCAGGACAGAAGACCCUGUGAUCUGGAGGACAGGGAUGACAGAUGACACCCACACUGACCCAGUCUAUCAGGUUCACUGGUUACCUGACACCAAGCACAGACACCACUCCCGGCUGCUGAGCGUGUCCACCGAUGGGAAGAUCCUGGUGUGGAGGGAGGAGCGGGAUGGGCGUCUGGCCUUGGCCGAUGGAUUCGCCGUGCUGGCUCAGCAGAUCCCUCGCAGCACUCGGCUGAAGAAGUUGGCCUGGGCAGAGGCAGCCAUGGGGGUGACCUCGCUGUCCUUCUCCCCCUUCGAUCCCCACGUGUUUGUGGUGGGUGUGGAGGGGGGCUAUUCCCUGAGGUGCUCCACUGCAGCUCAGACUCCAGCUCUCCCUCCCCCGGGCAGCUCCAUUCCCCUCAGGGCGCCGGUGGAACUCGCCUUUUCCCCCCACGCUGGGCCCGUCUACUCCGUGAGCUGCUCGCCCUUCCACAGGAACCUCUUUCUGAGCUGUGGGACUGAUGGCCAAGUUCACUUGCACUCCAUGCUGCAGACACAGCCCCUCUUUGCUCUGCAGGUGUCACAGAAAUACCUGUUCUGUGUGUGCUGGUCUCCAGUCCGACCCCUGGUCUUUGCAGCUGCAUCUGGGGAAGGAGAGGUGCUCCUGUUCGACCUGGCGAGGAGCACGAGGAAGCCCAUGGUGUCCCUGAAGCAGGCCCUGAGCCACUGCCCCGUGUACUGCUUGGAAUUUAACAGCAAGCAGGCACAGCUCCUGGCAGCAGGGGAUGCUGCUGGAACAGUCAAAGUCUGGCAGCUGAGCUCAGACUUCACCGAGCAGGGACCACGGGAAAUGAAUCACCUGGAGCAGCUGGCGAGUGAGAGCAUGGACUGAGGCAGCAGCACAGCAGCUGCAUGAAGCUUGUUCCUGCCCUGACUCCAGGAACAGCUCCCCACUCACCUGUUCCAGUGUUGGAAAACACAGGUAACCCACAGCUGGAGCUGCACCCAUGUAACAGCUAAAUUUGCAUUGAACCAUUAAACACCAGAUGAUGUGGUUCGACCAGUAA